AUGACCUCCACUCAUACCCACACCCAGCACCCGCCGCAACACCAUGGCCACUUCAACCAUAACGCCUCUAGAAGACAUUCCACGACGUCGCCUUAUACGAUUCCCCCGAAAAACAACGUGUACAUACAGCAGCAGCAACAGCAGUACCAGGCUCAGCAGUACCAGGCCCACCCUCACCAAGCGUCCCCUCACACAGCUGGCCUGAUUCCAACCCACUUGUCCACCUCCGUUCCGCUUUUAUCGAGAGACUUUGUCGUCAGAAGAAUCUCUGAGGGCGAGUCUGGCAGGUUGAAGGAGGAGUUGAAGUGCGAGGCUUGCGGAAAGGGUUACAAGCAUAUCUCCUCUUUGGCCAAGCACUUGUGGGAGCAUACCCCGGAAUGGAACGUGACCAAGAAGUUGUUGAUCUCCAAGCAUCAACAGGUGCAGCUACUAGAAGCGGCUAGCAUCUUGGUGGCGAUGAAUGACAAGUUACCGGGCAGCGCCGCCACGUCGCGCAGAAACUCAUUGAUGCCAGACACUAUUAACGAAGAAGCGGUGGAAGACGAUACCCCCGUCGUACCUAAGCAGAAUUUGACUGUCUCCCAUGCACCAUUUUCGGCCCACGAAAGCAGCACCUUCAGCAAGUACUCCUUGGACAGAAACGGUGGUGUGCCAAAUACGGAAGGGCCAACAAUCGAGAACACCGGUCCGUUUAGUCCAAAUGCUCAGCACGAACAGUUCCAGCUCCACGCCCACAGUUCGGCGUCGCCGCCGCCAGUGCAUGACUCCCCUCGUGGCAGCUACUACUCCGCUAAAAACACUCCUCGUAUGAACUAUCGCAAAUCGUCCUUCUCCCAGUACCCACCACGGUUCGAUGCGGCUACCGACUACUCCUCCUCUCCAACUACGAAGGGUAGCGACUUGCCCCACCACUUGCGUAAGUUGUCCGUUGCCAAUACCACCGCCAUCAACGGCAACGGUUUGAACGGAGGUUCAUACAUGGACGUCCCUGCGGUCCCUAACGGCCAUUUCCACCCGGGCAGCUUGCCAAACAAUGAAGCCUACCACCUUCAGCGCCAGCUGCCCCAACCGCCUGCGUUUGACUUCAAGUCUCCUUCUUUUAAGUCCAAGCCAGUUCGAGUAAACGGGUUGAUGAACCCUAUUAGCGACGACGAUGGCAGAGAGGAACUCGAACCGACCAUCUCUGGUAGACGAGGUAGUUCAAGCGGAGACGGAAGCAAGAUGGUGCAUUCUCCGCGGGAGUCUACUUACGAUGACGAUGAUGUUUUUGGCAUGGAUGCUUAGCCCUGGAAUUUUGUUUUACGUUACGCUGGUUUUUAAGGCGCAUUUUUUCUUCUUCUUUCGAUAUUGGAUUCUAAAUGAGCCAAUAUCUGUGCUAUAGAUAAGCUAGUUACUAGUUAAAAAUACUCUACUAUACAAAAGGGCACUCCUUGUUGUACAGUUAAUGUUCUGCUCCGAUUUUCAUGUUUAUUUC